AUGGCGCAGUCUCUGGAGCUUUUGCUGAUUCAGUUUCUGAUGCCAGACAACGACGCUCGCCGUCAAGCCGAAGACCAAAUCAAACGCCUCGCCAAAGAUCCUCAAGUCGUUCCCGCUCUCAUUCUUCACUUACGCACCGCCAAAACCCCUAACGUCCGCCAACUCGCCGCCGUACUCCUCCGUAAAAAAAUCACCGGUCAUUGGUCCAAACUCUCUCCUCACGAUAAACAACUCGUCAAAGAUUCCCUCAUUCAAAGCAUCACCCUAGAACACAGUCCUCCUGUUAGGAAAGCCAGUGCGAAUGUUGUUAGCAUUGUUGCCAAGUACGCCGUUCCGUCCGGUGAGUGGCCAGAAUUGUUUCCGUUUCUCUUUCAUAGUAGUCAGAGUCCUCAAGAGGAUCAACGUGAAGUGGCAUUGAUUCUAUUUAGCUCUUUAACGGAAACUAUUGGGAAUGCUUUUCGCCCGCAUUUCGCAGAUCUUCAAGCUCUAUUACUCAAGUGUUUGCAGGAUGAGACUAGUAACCGGGUUCGAGUUGCUGCUCUCAAGGCAGUGGGAUCCUUUAUGGAAUUCACUCAUGAUGGGGAUGAAGUGAUUAGGUUUCGUGAGUUUAUUCCAAGCAUCUUACAUGUAUCAAGACAGUGCCUUGCCUCUGGAGAAGAAGAUGUUGCUAUAAUUGCUUUUGAAAUUUUCGAUGAAUUGAUUGAAUCUCCUGCUCCUCUUCUUGGAGAUUCAGUCAAAUCCAUAGUACAGUUCUCGCUUGAGGUUUGCUCAACUCAAAGUCUGGAGUCUAACACACGCCAUCAGGCAAUUCAGAUUAUUUCUUGGUUGGCAAAGUACAAGUCCAAUAUUUUGAAAAAGCAUAAGCUGAUCAUCCCUAUCUUACAUAUUUUAUGCCCUUUGCUUGCUGAAUCAACCAAUGAAGAUGAAGAUGAUGAUCUUGCACCUGAUCGAGCUGCUGCAGAAGUUAUUGAUACAAUGGCUUUGAACAUACCAAAGCAUGUUUUCCCACCUGUUCUUGAAUUUGCUUCUGUAAGCUAUCAAAAUGCAAAUCCAAAGUUUCGAGAAGCAGCUGUUACUGCAUUGGGUGUCAUUUCUGAAGGUUGUUUGGAACUCAUGAAACAAAAUCUGGAGCCUGUUCUCCAUAUUGUCCUGGCAGCUCUCAGGGAUCCCGAACAAAUGGUUAGAGGAGCAGCUUCCUUUGCUUUGGGUCAAUUUGCUGAGUACUUACAGCCUGAAAUCGUGUCCCAUUAUGAGAGUGUCCUUCCCUGCAUUUUAAAUGCUCUUGAUGAUGCAUCUGAUGAAGUGAAGGAAAAGUCAUACUAUGCUUUGGCUGCUUUUUGUGAGAACAUGGGUCAUGAAAUCCUUCCUUUUCUAGAUUCGUUAAUGGGAAGGCUUUUAGCAUCUCUCCAAAACAGUUCUCGCAUUUUAAAAGAAACAUGCAUGUCUGCUAUUGGUUCUAUUGCUUCUGCUGCAGAGCAAGCUUUCUUUCCUUAUGCUGAAAGGGUUUUAGAGUUGAUGAAAAACUUCAUGGUGCUAACUAAUGAUGAGGAUCUCCGUUCACGUGCAAGAGCAACAGAGCUAGUUGGAAUGGUUGCAAUGUCUGUAGGGAAAACGAGAAUGGAACCAAUAUUACCUCCUUAUAUAGAAGCUGCAAUUUCUGGGUUUGGUUUGGAGUAUAGCGAACUUCGGGAGUACACUCAUGGAUUCUUCAGCAAUAUUGCUGAGAUUUUGGGUGACAGUUUCGCACAGUAUCUUCCUCAUGUUGUGCCUCUUGCAUUUUCUUCCUGCAAUCUUGAUGAUGGCUCUGCUAUUGACAUUGAUGAUUGCGAUGAUGAAGUUGCCAAUGGAUUUGAAGGAGUUUCAUCUGACGACGAAGCCCAUGACGAGCCAAGGGUUCGUAAUAUAAGUAUUAGAACUGGCGUAUUGGAUGAAAAGGCAGCUGCAACCCAGGCCCUUGGUUUAUUUGCACAGCAUACAACUGUCUCUUAUGCUCCCUAUUUGGAGGAGACACUAAGAAUCUUGGUUAAACACUCCAGUUAUUUUCACGAAGAUGUUAGACUUCAGGCAAUCACUGGUUUAAAACAUACUUUAACUGCAGCCCAUGCAAUAUUCCAAAGCCAAAAUGAAGGGGCUGCCAAAGCAAAAGAAAUUCUUGAUACUGUGAUGAAUACUUUCAUCAAGACUAUGGUUGAAGAUGAUGACAAGGAAGUGGUUGCUCAAGCUUGCAUUAACGUGGGUGACAUCAUUAGAGAUUACGGUUAUGCAACUCUUGAACCAUACUUGCCCCAGCUUGUACAUGCAACUUCACUGUUGCUCCAGGAGCAAUCUGCUUGUCAGCAGAUAGAGUCAGACAGUGAAAUUGAUGACGAAGAUAGUUCACAUGAUGAAGUUCUUAUGGAUGCAGUUUCUGAUCUUCUUCCUGCAUUUGCGAAAGCCAUGGGUGCUCAAUUUGCUCCCAUUUUUGUAAAUCUAUUUGAUCAUUUGAUGAAAUUUGCAAAAGCUUUCCGUCCUCCUCAAGAUAGGACCAUGGUUGUUGCCUGCCUUGCUGAAGUUGCUCAGAACAUGGGUUUUCCUAUUGCAGACUAUGUGGAUCGAGUAAUGCCUACGGUUCUUAAAGAAUUAGCGUCAUCUGAUGCGACAAAUAGAAGGAACGCAGCAUUUUGUGUUGGGGAGUUGUGCAAAAAUGGUGGCGAUUCAGCUUUGAAAUACUUUGACAACAUAUUACGUGGGCUUCACCCCUUGUUUGGUGAGUCUGAGCCUGAUCAUGCAGUGAGGGAUAAUGCAGCUGGUGCUGUGGCCAAGAUGAUUAUGGUGCACCCUGAGUCUGUUCCUUUAAAUCAGGUUCUUCCUGUUUUCAUGAGAGUUCUUCCAUUGAAAGAAGACCAAGAGGAGUCCAUGGCUGUCUAUAGUUGUGUCUCCGCUCUUGUAUUCUCAUCAAAUCCACUGAUACUUUCACUUAUCCCUGAAUUAGUUAAUAUUUUUGCUCAAGUGGCGGCAUCACCUAUUGAAACAUCUGAAGUCAAAGCUCUUGUAGGCAGAGCUUUUUGUCAUCUAAUUUCACUAUACGGCCCACAAAUGCAACCACUUCUAAGCGCCCUCUCACCAGAUCACGCAAAUGCACUGUCAACAUUUUCCACAAUGGGCUGA